UCGGGGCCGACGCAGCGCCGCCGGAGUCGACGGGCGGCGAUCAACAGCGGCGCCAGCGCCGUCUCGGGAGACGUCGAUCCGUCAGGUAGCGGUCGGGUGCGGGUUCGGUGCGCGUGUGCUGACGCCGUCCGACGGGUGCCGGUCGGGUGCAGUGCUGCCUCCACCUCUAGACGCCCGCCGAGCUCGGCGCCGAACGGGCGACGCCUGCCGGCCGGACGCUAGGGAGAAGUCCUCGCGCGCCUCACGAAGUCGCGCCACGCCUCACGUCGUCGGCUCCCGAGCGCGAGCCCUUCCGCUCCGGCCUGCCGCCUCCGCCUCCCGCCAGUCGCCGAGCCGCUGUCAGCAGUCUACUGCCGUCUGUCUCGACGCGCGGGCGUUGCCAGGCAAGCCCGCCUCUCCGGCUCCCGUCUGUGCCGGAUGUUCCCUGAUUUCCCGGCCGGAAGCGCUGAUCUCCGGCAGCCGCCGGAAGCUGCCGAGACUGAGCCUGCUGGAGCGCCUCCGGCUCCUAGACGGCAACUGUUGCUCCGCGCGAGCGGCCCGCUGAGUGACGUCGUCGCUGUCUAAGGUCUUCGACGCCUCUGCCCACCGGUGAUCCUGGCGACCGAAUUUCGUCACUAGGUGGACCAAGCUGCUAGUGGAGGUCCCGGCACUGGUCAUCGCGCCGGCGCUUCGCCUGUUAGGACGACGUCGCGAACGCCUCGGCCAUGGCGUCAGGAAAUCCGUACCAGAACUGCACGGUGCUUCAGUUGCUGGACAACGAUACGGUCAACUGUCUCCAGGUGGCGCCAAGCACCGACCCCUACAAGGUCAUCAACGCCAUCCUCUACGCCACAGUGAUGAUGAUCGGGCUGAGCGGUAACACGCUUGUCAUUUACGUCAUCCUGCGCUACAGCAAGAUGCAAACCGUCACCAACUUCUACAUCUUCAACCUGGCGGUGGCGGACGAGAUCUUCCUCAUCAGCAUUCCCUUCAUCCUGACCACGAUGUCGCUGGGUCACUGGCCGUUCGGCAUGGUCAUGUGCAAGAUCUACUGGACCAUUACCAGCAUCAACCAGUUCACCAGCAGUCUGUUCCUGACGGUGAUGAGUGCGGACCGCUAUCUCGCCGUUUGUCACCCCAUCAGCUCGACCCAGUGGCGUACACCGCUCGUGUCCAAAAUCGUCUGUCUGACGGCCUGGACGGCCAGCUCCCUGAUGGUGGUGCCGCUCUUCAUGUACGCUGCCGAGUACGAGGGCCAGUGUAACAUCUUUUGGCCGGAGGACAUCGGCGGCGAGAAGGCGUUCACCCUCUACACCUUCGUCAUGUCCUUCGCCAUGCCCGUCAUCCUGAUCCUCGUCUUUUACGUCCUCGUCAUCCACAAGCUACGCCAUGUGGGGCCGAAGAACCGGUCUCGCGAGCGCAAGAAGAGCCACCGCAAGGUGACGCGGCUGGUACUGACCGUCAUCACCGUCUACUUCUGCUGCUACCUGCCCUUCUGGGUCACCCAACUCUCGAUGACGCUCAGUAGCGAGGCGCGCGUCCGCCACAGCCCCGUCAUGGUCUGCGUCAUCCUGCUCGUCUACACGCUCACCUACUUCAACAGCGCCGUCAACCCUAUCCUGUACGCCUUCCUCAGCGACAACUUCAAGAAGUCGUUCGUUAAGGCGUGCCAAUGCGCGCGCCUACCCGACGUCAACAACGCCCUGCAGGCGGAGAACUCGGUGUUCCCCCGCCGCACGGGCGGCAAGUCGGUCGACCAGCGCGAGAUGGAGGAGCGUGCCAUGUCCGUCGACCCGAGCACCGGCCUCACGGGCUUCGGCAGCCUUCCCCUGUCACGCUCGCUCAACCCCUGCAGCCUGGCCGAGACGUCCAACGGUCACCUGACCCUGAAGGUGCCGGCCAUCGGCUGAGGGAGGCCGCGGGGAGGAAGACGGCGCGUCCCGCGAGGCUUCCAGCGGACGGCACGCGCUGCACGCCAUCUGAGACGCGCCGCCGGGGCAGUCCAGCUGCUGUGGGACGCAGCGAGGGUUACGGCGGUGCCGAGAGGCGGCCGGCGGGGCAGACGCCGGCGAAGGCUUACCGACCUCUCGGGUGAUGAGCCACGCCUCGGUGAGGCGCGGCUCGGACGUCUGACGCUGCGUGGUGACCGCAGAAGCUGAAGGCGUGGUUGUUGAAAUGUUUU